AUGGACGGACAGCCCAACGUUACACAGCCAACGGCGCCUGCAGAAAAGCCUCGCCCAGCACGUGCUCAGGUCAAGUUUGGACGGGAACCUGCAUACCACGAUGACAACCCCCGGCCAAGCUUCCAGAGCUAUAAUGGAGACGUGCGGCGAGCGAGCAAGAGCAUCGACUUGGUCAAAGAGGUGGACGGGGUCAACGAGGCGUCACCGCUUCUUCGUCCUAGGAUGAGCAAAGAUAUGAGUGCGCUGCCGCCGCUGGAGAGCAUCACGAGUCCGAGCGAUGACGACGAUGACUGGAUUGCCGAUGCGCCGCACGAGUACGAGCAGCAGGAGUCGAAGAGCAGCUGGUAUCUGUUCUUGCUGACUUUCUGCAUGAUGGGCCUACAGAUCGCAUGGGCCGUCGAACUGUCAAACGGCUCUCCUUACCUUCUCAGCCUCGGAAUAUCCAAGUCUCUUCUGGCCUUCGUCUGGAUCGCAGGUCCGCUCUCUGGCACUCUGGUCCAGCCAUAUGUUGGCAUCAAGUCUGAUCGUUGUCGUUCGCGCUUUGGCAAACGGCGUCCCUUUAUGAUUGGAGGCGCCGUCGCCACAGUCGUAUCUCUGCUUGCCUUGGCUUGGACCCGCGAGUUCAUCGGUGGCGUUCUGGGCAUCUUUGGCGUAGCACCUGAGUCUCAAGCAGUUGCGACGACAACAAUUGUGUUCGCGGUGCUAAUGAUUUACAUUCUGGACUUCGCCGUUAACGUCAUCCAAGCCGGCAUCCGCGCCUUCAUUGUCGACAAUGCGCCCACGCAUCAGCAAGACUCUGCCAACGCUUGGGCGUCACGGUUGAGUGGCGUGGGCAACAUCAUUGGGUAUCUCUUUGGCUACGUCGACUUACCUAAAUAUCUUGGAUUCUUUGGCAACACCCAGUUCAAGGUACUUUGUGUGAUCGCAUCGUUCGCUAUGAUAUCUACUCUUGCUGUAUCAGCGGGCAGCAUUACCGAGCGAGAUCCACGGCUCGAAGGAAAGCCAGACAAGGAAGAGGGCGGAGUGAUCGCCUUCUUCCGCAACCUCUAUCACUCCAUGCGCAAGCUACCACCUCAAAUCAAGGCUAUCUGCCGGGUGCAGUUCUUCGCUUGGAUCGGCUGGUUUCCGUUCCUCUUCUACAUCACGACUUACGUCGGCGAAAUCUACGCAGAGAAGUUUUUUGCCGAAGACCCAGACAUGAGUUCGGACGAAAUUGAGAAGACGUGGGCUCGCGGCACCCGAGAAGGCACCUUUGCCCUCUUCAUGUUCGCGCUGACGACCUUCGCCUCAAGCGUUCUCAUCCCCUUCUUCAUAGCCAGCAGUUACAAGCCUCCCACGCUACCCCCUCGGACACCAAUGACGCCCACAACACCCAGAACACCACGCGCCAACCGCACCCUCCUGACAGAGGAGGAGGACUAUUUCAACCACCCCUCUAGCAGCCCCACCAAACCCUCUCGCAGUCGCCGCAACUUCCUCUCGCGCCUCCGCCUCUCCAGCCUCGAAAUCCGCUCCCUCACCCUCCGCCGCGCCUGGCUUCUCUCUCACGCCCUAUUCGCCCUCCUCACCUGGUCCACGUUCUUCGUACGCACCACCACCGGCGCCACCAUCUUGGUCGCAUUGAUCGGCAUCCCCUGGGCCAUGACGAACUGGGCCCCCUUCGCCCUCAUCGCCGCCGAGAUCUCUAAGCGGGACGCCAUCCGCCGCGGCCACCUCCCUCCACCACCGCUGGAAGAAGGUCGCGAUAGGGACGCUGAGCUCCUAGCCCGCGGCGAGGACCCUAGUGAGGGCGCUGAUCAAGCGGGCGUGGUGUUGGGGAUCCACAAUGUGGCGAUUGCGGCGCCGCAGGUCAUUGCUACGUUGGUCAGUAGUGUGAUCUUUCGAUGGUUGCAGAAGCCGAGGGGAAGUGUGGGGGAUGAUAGCGUGGCGUGGGUUUUGCGGUUUGGGGGGUGUGCGGCUGUAGUGGCUUGUUGGAUGACGAGGAAGGUGGCGGAGGAGAAGGGGUGA